ACGAAGACCAGGCGAAGAGGAGGAGGAGAAGAAGGAGGAGAAGUUGGAAGCGUACGAUGUUGCGUGUGCGCGCGCGCACCCACCUCACUCUCUCUCUCUCUCUCUCUCUCUCUCUUUUUCUGUAUACACGCGUGUCCCUAUCGGGCGUACACUUUACGCGCGCGAGCGCGCGCGCGAGAAAGAGAGAAACUCCGUGUCUCUGUUGCGUAGCAUGAGGCUUCUGUACGAUAUAUGCCUACACGUUUACGAUUUAGUUUCGUAUACGUUUUACCACGGGGGGUUUCAAGAGUAAAGGGAGAAAGAAUGACGUUGUUCGUUGACAAUGACGACGAUGACGACGACGACGAUGAAGACGACGACGACGACGACGACAACGGUGACGACGACGACGACGACGACGACGACGACGAGGGCGACGACGACGACGACGACGACGAGGAGGACAACGAGAACGGGGACGGGCACGACCACUGGCACGACACCGCGUGGGGGUUGCACGGAGACCCCCUGGUGGGGCUCGGACUCCCGACCCCACAGUCCCCCGCUGGAAAUGAUAUCAGUCGCGACUCGGUCGAGGGAGCCCCAACAGCACGACUACGCUCGGUGCCCCUCUGACGCGAACCACGAACUUCCUCGCGUACCUCGUCCUCGCUUUUUUUUCAACGCUUUCUCUCUCUUUCUCUCUUUUUCUCAUUCUUUAUCUUUCUCUUUCAUCGUUGAGGUUGCGGGGAACAUAAGGGCAUAACGGUGCAUCAUUGUGGUUGAUUUAGUGCGUAAAAUUAGACUUUCUCUUCGACUUUUGUCAUCAUCGUUAUCAUCAACGUCAUCUUCAUCUUCUCUUCUUCCUCUUCUUCUUCUUCUUCUUCUUCAGUGACCCCGUACGCUUCCUCAAUAAUACGAUCGGAGGAGGCAACAUCGAGGACUUUGUAAUAACGAAGGUAAGAGAGUUUUGCAAGUUGAAGGUAGCCGUCGUUGGUGUCGGCGACGUCGAGGCGCGGAUAUUAAUAGAGCGCCGACGACGGUGAGGACGGCGACGUAGUUCGAUAAUGCGAUGAAUGAAUGAAUCAUCUUUCAAAUGAAAUGUCUAAAAUGGAUAUACUAAAUAAAUGAAUGCACGAUAUAUAAAAUAUGACGAGAUAACUAAGUUGCUUAAUUAGAAAGUGUCUAUUCCGGUAACUUAUUGAUUUUAUUUAUUCAUAUAAGUACACAUAUAGAGAAAGAAACACGAUACGAAAGAAAUAAUUCUCGUAAAACAGAAUUCGUUUGUAUUCGUUUAAUGUUUUCUUCUUAGGCAACAGGACACAUCAACCUUUCGUCGUUAGCCUAGUGUUUAUAAGAUUUGUUAUUCACGCUCGCCUACCAUCCACGAAGACGACUCAAUAGCAGUGUUUACACGAUCGUCGCGAGAAGAGGGCACGGUUGUCACGAAAGUAUCGUUUGGCUUAGCGAGCCCGUGCAAGAGGAUAUCUUUCGAGGCUCGUUUAUGCAACACGUGUACUAUAAUAUCUAUAUACUUACAUACAUAUAUAGAUUCGCGAAAGUAUAAACGCGAUCUCUAGCAGUUCGAAGGAUCGCAGUUUGGAGCUUGAUAAAACGGUGAUUACGUUUAAAGUGCAUGGUCCUUCGCGGUUCAACCUCUCUAAAUGUCUCCUCAUGGACGAGCUAUCCGUGAUGCACGAACGAUUACGAUCUAGUCAGUAUUGCAUAGGAUUACAGUCUGCUAAAAUAAUGGGCGAGAAAACGUUCAAUCUCACUUGGAACAAUCACCUUGCAAACUUGUCAGGUUUGUUCGAGGGACUUUACAAAAGUGGCUCCCUCACGGAUGCUACCUUAGCUUGUCAGGGUGGCAUGCUAAGGGCACAUAGGUUGGUUCUAGCAGCAUGCAGUCCUUAUUUCGAAAGAGUUUUCAAGGAGCAUUACGGCGAACAGCCCAUACUUAUACUCAAAGGCGUUGCCGUGGAAGAAAUGGAGUGUCUCUUAGACUUUAUGUAUCGUGGCUCGAUCGACGUAACCGAGGAACAUUUACCCUCGUUGAUAAAGACUGCAACGGACCUGGAGAUACGUGGGCUCUCGGGGGAUCAGAGAAAUCAGGAUAACGGUAGAAGCUCCUAUAACAGGGUAGACCCGAGAACUCAACGAUGUCACAUCGAGACGAGGGUUCACACCACCGAGUACAUGAAGGAACCUUCGGUCAUACCUUUUCUACCGAAGCAAUCGUCGGUCGACUCGUUGGAGGAUACUAUCAAGGUCGAGGAGAUCGAAGUCGAGGACGAUCCUAUGGUAAUGGAUGGUCACGAGGAUUCAUUCGACGAACCAUUGCGAUCAUCCGGGACGCAAAUCAGGCGCAUACCACCUCCCAUGUACAAACGAGAGACGAGGUUCAAAGGACAAAAGAGAGUGUCGGUAGGUAGAAUAACCAGGAACAGCGAUCCAUUGGAUAUAAAGCCAAAAGAUCGUUCGUCCUUGAGGGAAGACUCGGAUAGAGAAUGGCCUUACGAAGAUUCCGGUAGUGCGAUCAAGUCGUUUAACAAUGGCUCCGUGGAUCCUACGGUACCUGAUAUUCAGAUGAACGAUGAUCUGAGAGAACAGGAGGAGAACAUUAUAUCACCAAAGAGUCCGGAAGAGACGUUGAGUAUAGGUGUAAAGAGAAAAGCUGAAAUGAUUGGGAAAAGGGGUGGUGUUAACGAAGGAAGGGGGGAAAUGAGGAGCUCGUUAAAGUCAGACAGAGCCCAAUAUAAACCUUUCUCGUGCGAUCUUUGCAUUUUGGCAUUCACAAGAGCGUCUCACUUGGCCAGACAUAGAAGAGUACAUACAGGCGAGAGACCGUUCGCGUGUAACAUAUGUCCGAGAAUGUUUGCAAGACAGGACAAGUUGAAACAACAUCUCGACUCGCAUUUGCAAUCUUCCAAGAGAAAGACUAAUUUAACCGCGGCGCACACCGUGUCGACUCCAACGGUACCGGUGAAAGGAAAACGUGGAAGACCGAGGAAGGUGAAUACGGAACAGUCGGUUAUACAAGACUUUUUGAAGUUUGGCGAAUUCAGCUCGCUUCUCGACAAGUCUCACUCUAACGAUACUUUGAGUAAAAAUGAUGAAACAUCAACGAAAACAUCGCCGACGACCAUGACGUCGACGACAAUGACAACGGCGGAAGGCGAAAAGAGAGUCACCACCAAUCGCGAAGAAUAUUCUAAACAAAGGGACGCGGAUAACAAUGGCAAAGACAAGGAUAAGAGUAAAGACGAGGUUGAUUAUGGAUGCCAGGUCGAGAAUAGUCGAGAUAUGCCACGUAUCGAUUUUCAGGGAUAAGAUCAUUUUUCAAAUUCAUACGUGCCGUUGGGAUCAUUUGGUUGCGCUUAUUCGUUUAUCUUGUACCUGAGGUAUAUUACGUACGCUGGCGACUAGGCGACUACGUUGCACUUACGAAUUCUCAAUAAAAGUAAUAAAAAGAACGAUGAAAUUAACGAUCAAGAAGGAGAAUCAAACUUCGAUAGAUCGUAGUAUUAAUCCACGUUCAAGUGACUGUUUCUUUUAACCGCGAUAAGAUUACCGGAAGGGAAUACUAAUCUACGCUGCUGGAGAGAUUCGACCAAAUUACGUUUAUCGACCAAAUUAGUGCGGAGAUAAUUUACUCUGUAAAUUCAUCCGGUCCCCUUUUCUAAAUAAAACGAGACAGGAAAUGAUUGUUCUGCUAUUGGUAUCUAUUCGAACGAGAAAACGAAUGCACUACUGAUCGACACGCUAUACGUUCAUAUAUACGUAAAUCGCAAAAUAUUCGUUGUGAAAUUAGAAUUGUAAUGCUAUUAACAAUUAUUUAACGACUUAAUCGUUGUAUCGAACACAUACGUGCGGUGUAUGCAAUACAUUUUACAACUAGAAAUUGGCUCGAUGAUAGGAUUUUGAGUCAAUAUGUGCGUACCAUACAUUAAAAAUAAUUCCGAAUUAUUUUGUCAUACGAUUACGAUUACGAUAAGUCAAGUACAAAUCUCCAAAUAUUAUUGCACCGAAGGCAAAGUGUGCGUGUCUGGCUGGUAUAUAUUGGAAAGGAUCUAUACCUGAAUUGUAUAUCAUUAGACGUAUUUUCCAUAUAUGCCAUUUCAAUUUGUUAGUGCGUAAAAGGAAAACUUGGUUCGUCGAACGAACAAAAGUUCAUUGUUUCGUAUAUCUUCUUGGUGUUUAUUGUUUAAACGAAUUUAGAUUAGAUGUUAUCGGGUAUAUUCGGAAAGAUACCUCAUCGUAUUUCGUACGAUUCAAACUGAUGUGUUUAUAUAUAAAUAUAUAUAUAUAUAUAUAUAUAUAUAUAUAUAUAUAUAUAUAUAUAUACAUAUACAUAUACAUAUAUAUAUAUACACACAUAUAUAUCUCGAAGGACGUUUUUACUUUGGUCAUUAUUACAUGAUAUUAUAUCAUACGACGGAUAGCCAAGUUAAUGCCAUAGAAUAAAAUUAUAGGAGUUUUAUUUCUUUUGUUUAUUAUUCAUCUAUAUCAAAACACAUAUGAAAGGAAUGAGCUUCGACGUAUUAAAGGAACGAAUUACAUAUACGAUAUAGAAGAUUUUUCAAGAUAUAUUGCAAUUCAAAUUCUAUUCUUGCAGAUUACGUGAUAUAAGAUUUUGCAAUAUUUUAGUCGUAUCGUUUUCGUAACAUGUGUUCGAUUAGACAUUGGCAAAAAGAAAGAAAAGAAUAUCAGUUAGUCCAAUAGUUUUGCCUCUUUAAUUGAUUGUUGUUGUUUGUUAAAGUGCCGUUUCGUUCUAGUUAUCAACGAUCGCUGAUUAACGAUCCAAUACUUAUUAUCUCACUUUUUUAGGUUUUUUUUUUUUUUAAAUCAUGUGCAAUUUUUUAAGUGAUAUACUAUAACGUGGCAAGCUACGAAUGAACUCUAUGUAAUUUCGUGGAUGCCCAUGCGAGUGAACAUAAGUGAGUCUCCAUAUCUUAUAAGUGUAUUAUGUAGUGACAUGUAAAUAAUAUAUCUUACGACGACAUAA